CCACAAAAACAAACUUGAACCAGACGAGCCCGGGGUCGACAGUGCGCGUGUGUUUUUCUCCUCGGUCUUGGACUAAAUCUUCACCCCGGGCCCGUGAAAAGAGGAGCGGGUUUAACUCAAAAUAAGCUCCACUUGGUGAUUGUGGCCGUGAGUGCGCACUUUACGCACAGCGCGCACCAUGACACUGUAAAGUGUUGGACACUUCUCGGCUCUUUGUUUGCUGUCGUCCUUUGUUUGGUUUGUCUGGGCCGUGCGCGUCAUGACUCGAGUUUAACUCGUGUCCAGAUCAUCGUGAGGAGACACAGAGGACAUGGGGGGCAAACAGAGCAGCCCGGUGUUUGAUGGCAGGACUCGGGCUUAUUCCAGCUCAGAUCUUCCGUCUGGAAACUCCAGCGGCGGAGACAGAAUCGCCGGGUUCAGAUACACGAACGGCCCGGAGGGGCCUCGGAUCCGGUACACGGGAGGAGGCCCCGUGGGCCCCGGACUCAGCAUACCCACGGGCCGGACAGGGCCAUUCACCCAGAGCGUGGACGGCACAGAUGGAGACCACGAGGUCCCCCCCGAGGGUCACCGGCUCUUCAUUGGCUCUUUACCGGCGCAGCUCAACUCUCACCUGCUCGGAGGUUUCCACUGCCCCGUUUGCUCCAAGUUUAUGGCCACGGACGAGAUCGAAAAGCACCUGCUCAUGUGUUUCAGCAAAACACGCCUCACCUACAACAAGGACAUUCUCUCCAGAGACUCGGGGGAAUGUGCCAUAUGUUUAGACGAAAUGGAGCAGGGAGACACGAUCGCCCGGCUGCCCUGCCUCUGCAUCUACCACAAAGGGUGUAUAGACGAAUGGUUUGAGGUGAAUCGCUCGUGUCCAGAGCACCCGGCGGACUAAAGCGCGGGACAGCACAUCCCUGACCUCGCCCGGCUCUCAGGGAUCAGACUUUUUUUUUUGUCCAGAAUCAUUUGUUGCCUUAAAGAACAGCCUUGAACUGAAUCUACAGCUGUUCAGAAAACCACUGGUGACGCUGAGCUAAAUCAGUGAAUGUGCCUGUGCUAACCCUACUACCUUUACGCCACCUGAGAUCCAGCCAAUCACACGAGGAGCGCUCCAAGCAGAAGACUUACAGCCGGAGCGCUGCGGGAAUGACCUCUGCGGAGAAGAGACUCAGUGGGAAGGCCGACGGCUGACGCUGUGCAAUGUGAAUACGUAAUGUGCCUGUACUAGCUUUAAAGAACAGCCCCGGUGUUGAUGUUAGUCUUUAGGAGGACACGAUGUAAAUGUACCUUAAACUUAAAAAUACAAUCAAACACGUUUUAUUAGACCCACUUUCAUUUGACUGUCCUGUUGAAUGAGCAAAUUACAUCUAGUAAUCAUUAUACUCCAUGGAGUGCCAUAAUAUGCUGCUACGUGAUAGACUUUUCCUAUGACCUUUGACCUUCGAACCGUGGUUCACUGUACUUUCUACUUGUACUGUAAUGUGUUGCACAAUAAUAAAUAU